AGCUACUUAGGUGGAACUAUUGUAAGGGCAUUCAAGGUUAUCUUAUACCUCUAUAAAACCCCAUCUUAGAUCCUUAAACCCACACUUAUAAUCCGAUCGAUCAAUCAAAGAAGUUGCAUAAGAAAAUGCCUCCCAUGAUGUCCACUUUCUUUCCUCCAUUAAUCUUGAUCUCCCUUCAUUGCUUCACAACUUCUGCCUCAGACCCCGACCCGGUUCAAGAUUUUUGCAUACCAGACCCAAAAUACGGUUCCAUUAGAGCCGCUGAUCACCUUACUAUUCUACCAUGCAAGAAUUCAUCCGACGCCACCCCCGAUGACUUUGUGUUUUCAGGCAUGAAGAGUGCCGGCAACUUCUCAGAAACAGGCCUCGCUGCCAUACCUGUAAACCCAAUCAUCUUUCCUGGCAUCAACACUCUAGGCAUGUCAUUUAUACGAGCUGACCUUAAAGCGGCUGGGAUCAAUCCACCACAUUUCCACCCCAGAGCCACCGAGAUUUCGUACGUGGUGCAAGGAAGCGUUUAUUCAGGCUUUGUGGAUUCCAGUAACAGGAUUUUUGCCAGAACAAUAGAGGAAGGGGAGGUCAUGGUUUUCCCCAGAGGCCUGGUGCACUUCCAAAUGAAUGUGGGUGAUAAGCCGGCAACCAUAUUUGGUUGUUUCAAUAGCCAGAAUCCCGGGUCGCAAAAAAUUCCAGCUGCCAUUUUUGGAUCUGGGAUCGAUGAGAUGCUCUUGGAGAAAGCUUUUGGAUUGAACCCUCAGCAAAUUGGAAUGAUGAGGAGAAGGUUUGGUCCAAGAGUGAAGUAGAUAUAUGGUGAAAAGAAUGGUAUUCUGGUCAAAGUAAUUUUCAGAAUUAAUUCUGGAGGGGAAUUUGCAUAAGGUGUGUUUCGGAAUUAUAUAUUGGCUGUUCUUAAUUAAUUUGGUGUCUGCUGUUUGGUCACUUCAUAAAUUAUCUCACGUGUUUGUUUCUUUUCUUUUUUUCCUUUUAUUAUUUCAGUAUUUUUUAAUAUUUGCGACCAUGUCAAAAGCUCUGAUACUAUCUCUCUAUUAUUUAAAAAUAUCAGAAAUAUUC